GCGCCAGACGAUAAAGUACCUCCCAUCCGCUUGGGAUUCAGUUUCAUCUAGCCAGUUUCCAAGGGCCACACUUACUGUUGAGUUCACCAGAAUGUUCGACUCAAAGAUUAGGGUGCCCAAGUACGACUCGGAGGCGUUCGACAAUGUCGAGUACGAGCUGCAGAUGACGUACACUCUGGAGACGGACCGCCGGAUCAUGAGCUUCUACGACGCGAUGUGGGGCAUGGAGGUGUCUGGGGGCAGUGACCAGUUCGAGCCGCUGACCAUCCUGAAUGUGUCGCCCACCGGGCUGGCCAAGCGGGGCGGGAUGCGGGUGGGCGACGAGAUCACCCAGAUCAACGAUGUGCCGGCUCUGGAGAUGACCUUCAACGAAGCCCUGCAAAUGUUCCGGAAGAACUCGCACUACGUCCGCGUCUAUGUGCGGGGCGAUGACGAUGCUCCUGGCGAGGAGGACUGGACCUGCGACUGCUGGUUCAAGCCCAGGAAGCCCUGGCGUCGCGACUUCACCCCCAUCCAGUGGACCUUCCCCUGGAACGAUCGCCGCAAGCCCGUCUACAAGGAGUCCAACUGCUUCAUGGUGCCCAGCAAAAUGGAGGAGAAGAUUCGGGCGCGACGUGCCGCCACCUCGGCUGUCCACAAGAAGGAGGAGCUGGCCCCGCACACCCGCUCCCUGACACCCACGCCCAGACCCAAGAAUCAGCCGGGUCCGAAUCUCCUGGAGACUGUGCUGAGGCCACGCGGACCUCCGCCAAGGGAUUAAGCCAGGAUGAAGCAGGAUGAAGCUGACCAAGUCACAAGGAGAUGCAGGCGGCGUCUCAUUCACUGCAGUGCAUUGGGACCUUUAAGGAUUAUCCACUUUAAAGGGGGCAGGCUGCUGUAUAACCAGCGGGAGUGCCUCAAAAACCAUGGGAAACGAUUAUGAAGACUACUUUUAUCAGAACAGUGUCUUAAUCCUGCCCAGAACCCAGCAGUUAACUCAAUUUAUGGAGGAGAGAAUGCUGUGCCUAGAAAGUAUAGUUGGCAGGCAGCUGUACAAAACAGUUGAAGUGCCCACAAAGACUUGAGCUGAAGAUGGUUCUUAGGGAACUCUGUCAAAUUGAUGUCUAGAUAAGCUACCUUUUACAAAUUAUACUACACCUGGUAAUGAUUUCGAAGAUUAUUCUACAAGAAAUACUGUCGAAAUGUUGUCUAGUUACUCGGUGGUAUCAAAUAAAUAUACAAUCACUGAUUUGUGAGUAUAAGGAACAA